CUAUGUAGUCCUAGCCCGUACACCGGUCGUUGCGGUUCAGGUGCGUUGGCCCCGAGAGUAUAGUGCGGCUGUGAAGUGCGCGCCAAAAUAUAACGAAAAAAAAUAUAUUAUUUUACAUCACCACGGGGCUCGUGCGCUCGUGUAUUAUUAUUGUCACGGCGCCGUAUCGCGGCCGCCUCCGUCCCAAUAAUAGCACCAUAAUAAUAUUGCCGUAAUAAAUCGUCACUGUAAUAUUAUUGUUGUUGUUGUUGUCGUCGUCGAAUAAUAGUAAAUUGCCAGUUUUGCGCCUCCGGCGACGGGUGGACACGCACGCCGCCGUUUACAGCGUCCACGUCGGUGGUGGUGUUUGGCGGUGAUGUGGUGUGUACAGGUGAUUGUCAUGCGCGUGUGAGUCGCGCGGUCACCGUCCCGUAGGCGAACGGCGGAUCGGUAGGUACACGAUAUUGUUAUAGGAAUCGCGCGUCGCGUCGCCGUCCUCCGCAGUCGUCCGCGGACAACCGGUCUUCGCGGUCCGUAUUUCGCCAUCGGACGUGCUCGCGCGCUCCGGUCACGCCCGUGCGUCAACGCCACUGUCGCACAGCAGCGUCAUGCCGUCGGUCGCGUACUCGGGAUGUUUGGUCUCGCUGGUGGCCGUCUUCGUCGCUGCCAUAUGGCCGUCCGCCGAGUCGUACCGCGUGGACAAGUACUCGCUACUCAUGCCCAAUGUCCAGCCCAAAAAGAUGGACUUGUAUUUGUGCACUCCUAUUAGAAUAGACCCAAGCAAGUCUUACUUUAUUGUUGGUUUUGAGCCAAAAGCCCAUGGUCAUACAUCGCACCAUAUGGUACUUUAUGGGUGUUCAGAACCUGGAACCGAAGAUCCCGUUUGGAAUUGUGGAGAAAUGCAAAUGGCAUCAAAUUCACAUAAGACGUACAUGCAUUCCACUCCAUGCAAAUCAGGAUCUAAUAUAAUGUACGCUUGGGCUCGUGAUGCACCAACUUUGAAACUUCCAGAUGGUGUUGGUUUUAAAGUCGGAGGCGAUUCGCAGAUCAAUUAUUUAGUUUUACAAGUUCACUAUCACAGGACAUUUAAUGAAGACGAAACGGAUAACUCUGGGAUAUAUUUGCAUUACACAGAACAACAAUUAGAUAAACAAGCUGGAGUGUACUUACUAGCUACAAACGGAAGAAUCCCUCCAAAUUCCAUCGAACACAUGGAAACAUCGUGUCCUCUCUACGAGACUGGGAAAGUCAUACAUCCGUUUGCGUAUAGAGUCCACACCCACGAACUUGGUAAAGUUGUAGCUGGUUACAGAGUAAAGAAUAGUAACGGAGUACAAACAUGGGAUCUACUAGGAAAAAGAGAUCCCAUGACUCCACAAAUGUUUUAUCCAAUAGAGAAGAAUAUUACCGUCAAGUUUGGUGAUAUAUUGGCUGCCAGGUGCACAAUGGAAAGCAGGCGAAACACCGUUACUAAAAUUGGCGCGACAAGCGACGACGAAAUGUGCAAUUUUUACGUGAUGUACUGGGUAGAGGGGACUGAACCUUUGGAACAACAGAUCUGCGUGUCGGAAGGAUCUCCGCGGUAUUAUUGGUACAGUGAUCCGUAUCUGACCAACAUUCCGGACGAAGAAGCGUCGACCUUAUAAACACUAUAGUUAACAAAAUGUUAUAAUAUUAUUGAUUCUUUUUUUGGUUGUCAGAUAUCUCGGUACCUAUUUUAUUUAUGAGUACUUAUCUAUAAUAGGUACCCGUCCCAAUACCAAUAUUCCUUUUUUAUUUUAAUAUAAUUUAUUGUUAUUUA